AUGGCGCUGGCAACCACCACCUACACCGCACAGCAAGUCAUCUCCGCCCUGAACCUCACCCCCCAUCCCGAAAAGGGCUACUACAUCGAGACGUUCCGUGACCCGAACACCACCCCCGAGGGCCGCGCCACCAGCACCUACAUCUACUACCUCCUCGAGGGCGAGUCCGGCCUCUCACACUGGCACCGCGUGCUCGACGCCGUCGUAGUCUGGCACUACUAUGCCGGCGCUCCACUGCAGCUGUCGCUAGCUUGGGACGAUGGUACAGCCGUGCGCAACCUUGUCCUAGGCCCGGAUGUCUGGACCGACCAGCGACCGCAGAUUGUGAUUGAACGCGGAGAGUGGCAGCACGCACUGUCCUUGGGAGACUGGACGCUGGUGGGAUGCUCUGUUGCGCCGGGCUUUGAAUUUGGGGGCUUUGAGAUGGCGGAGCCGGGGUGGGAGCCAAAGGGGCCGGGGAGCGGGGAAGAGCCAAAGGGGGAGAGGGAGGAGGGGAUCAAAGGCUGA